CGACUGUUUCGUCUUCCCUCCUCAACCUCAUCACUACGCCGGAGAUAGGCCAGAAUGCGAGAUCCUCUCAAUCGACUUCAACUGCGAUGGCAUCUCGAGCGAGGCGAAGUACGAUGCUUCGUGCCCCCAGAUGGGUGCUGCCACCGAGGGCCUGCAAAAACAAGGGACUGUCCAAGCCUUCACCCCCAGUCUGCCAUUUCUUGCGUCUCCCACCAGAAAUCAGGUGCAUGAUCUAUCGGUGUCUCUUUGAACCGGAAGAUUCCCGAACCCUCACUCCCAAGCAGGUUUACCCUGGUAUCGAGUUGGAGAGCACAAGAACGCCACUACCGACUGAGAUCCUGCGCUCCAAUCGUCAAAUAUAUUCCGAGGCUUCAUCUCUCAUGUACUCCGAGCUCAUCGUCGUCCUGACCCCCGGAGACAUCGUCUGUCUGCGAUCAAAUUUGGAGGAUACAUCUGCUCCCAACCGGGGUGUUUGGAGACACAACCCCCUUGCUGGGACCGGAGUACUAGGUCCCCAUAACGGGAGAAUUUACAACACACCUGAAAUGGAUGGCAAGAUGGAGCCACAUGUAUUCUCCAGGUUCAAACAUAUCAGCCUCGAAUUAGAGUUCAACUGCAACCCUGAAGACCUCGCUGGAUGUCCACAAUUAUCCAUUGAUCCUGACCUGAAGAUUGCUUCCGAAGACUGUGUCAAAUUCCAGGACUUCCUCCGCCAAACCAACAUCUUCCGCGAUCUUGCAGAGAUCAUAUGCAACUCCCCAAGGGUGACGUGUCUCGAAAUCUUACUGGAAGUUUCCGUCGACCCAGCAGACGACAUUAAUCUCACAUAUCCUUACACCGCUGACGAUAACCUGCCUGACGUUUACUUCAUGACUGUUCACACAAGAGCUGUUGAGAUAUUCAUAGAGUCUGGUAUCAUGGAUCCUUUACGAAGUUUAUCAAACGUCGACCUGACUUGCAUUUGGGUUGUUCAACCGUGGACCGGAAACGAUCAGAAAUUGCAACCGAAGUACGAUGCUAUGCUACGGGAACUGGAGGAAGAUUGAUCAGAAGUUGGAACAGCAACGAGUAUCGAGCAAAGCCGAAGGCGACAAGAGAUGAGAGAGAGAAUACAAAGCGACCACAGACGACAUUGAUGAGAUGCAUUCUCUGACAGAGCAGUGCCCUUCACGCGCUAUAUUAUGGUGUGUCUCAGAACUGGCUCACAAUUCUCGUCUCCAAUAUGGCGCCGAUUAAUGUA